AUCUCCACGGGCAGGCUGCAGCCACCUCGGCCGCGGUGUCGUCACUGGCUGCCUAUUAGAAAACCCUACAGGACAAUGCAUACCGCCGGCUGCCGACUGUAAACACAGGGGAUGUGUGUUCCCGGAGCGCGGACUUCGGGGCGGGGCCGGGGAAGGGCGGGCCGCAGUUUUAUUGAAUAGAGCGAGCAGUGUGUGCCGCGCCGCCGGCCCGCCUGCCCUCGCGCUGUGCUCCCGCGGAAAGAAGUCGGUCCUUCCUCUCCCGCUCGGUCCCCGGGAGGAAGCUGCCGCCCAGGAGGUAUCAUUAAAACAUUCCAAGUUCACCCAAUCCAAUUCCACAGGGAUUGGUGAUCAACAAGAAGGCUCAGACGUGGAUAUCUGAUUGCUUAACCAUCCAGACGUCAUCUGGUCUCCCUAAACCUGAAACCACACCAUGGAUGAUUUUGAACGUCGCAGGGAACUGAGGAGGCAAAAGCGGGAAGAGAUACGCCUGGAAGCAGAAAGAAUCGCCUACCAGAGGAAUGACGAUGAUGAGGAAGAGGCUGCCCGGGAACGGCGUCGGCGAGCCCGACAGGAAAGGCUGCGGCAGAAGCAAGAGGAAGAAUCCUUGGGGCAGGUGACCGACCAGGUGGAGGUUCACGCCCAGAACAGUGUGCCGGACGAGGUCAAGGCCCGGCAGAAGGAGCUGGACCCCACGGUCACCGACGCCAGCUUGUCUCUGUCCGGCGGAAGGAUGCGGAACGACGCGACAGAAGAUGACUCGGCAGAGAAGGAAGAAAAAAGCGAAAGUCGCCGAGAAAGAUACGAGAUGGAGGAAACUGACAUAGUCACCAAGUCCUACCAGAAGAACGACUGGAGGGAGGCAGACGAGAAAAAGAAAGAAGACCAAGAAAAGGAGGAAGAGGAGAAGCCAAAGCGAGGGAGCAUCAAAGAAAACCAGGUAGAGGUGACGGUGGAAGAGAAAACCGUAGAAACUCGAGAAGAAGCGGUGGGAAUGCCUUUGAAAAAUGGGCAGAUCGGUGCAGAUGAGCCUAAAAUAGAGAAUGAGAGGGAACGAGGCUCGGAUGAGAUUGCCCUUCAGGAAAAGAUAGAGGAGGAGGAACGGGAAAGGGCCGAGGCAGAGAGGGUCAGGUUGGAAGCAGAAGAAAGAGAAAGAGUGAAAGCUGAGCAAGCCCAAAAGAUAGCGGAGGAGAAAAGGGCUGAGGAGGAGGCGAGAAGGGCAGCAGCGGAGAGGCGGAGAGCAGAGGCAGAGGAAGCCGAGAGGGCUAAGGGAGAAGAGCAAAACCGUGCAGAGCAGCCGGAAGAGAAAAAGAUCAAAGGGGAACAGGUAGAAGAGAAAAUAGACGGGAAAUGGGUCAAUGAAAAGAAAGGACGAGAAGAUAAACGUCAGACAGCUGUCCAGAAGAAACAGGAAGAAGAAAAGGGGGCUAAAGUGCAGCUUAAAAGAGAAAAGUCCCAAGAAGACAAGCCUGCCUUCAAAAAAGAAGAGAUCAAAGAUGAGAAGAUCAAAAAGGACAAAGAGCCCAGAGAAGAAGUGAAGAGCUUCCUGGAUGGAAAGAAGGGGUUUACAGAAGUGAAGUCGCAGAAUGGAGAAUUCAUGACCCACAAGCUUAAACACACUGAGAAUACCUUCAGCCGCUCUGGAGGGAGGGCCAGCGAGGCCAAGGAGGCGGAAGGGGCUCCCCAAGUGGAGGCUGGCAAGCGCCUGGAGGAGCUGCGCCGCCGUCGUGGGGAAACUGAGAGCGAAGAGUUUGAGAAGCUCAAACAGAAGCAGCAAGAGGCAGCCCUGGAGCUGGAGGAGCUGAAGAAAAAGAGGGAGGAGCGAAGGAAGGUCCUGGAGGAGGAAGAGCAGAGGAGGAAGCAGGAGGAAGCAGAGCGGAAAGUCAGAGAGGAGGAAGAGAAGAGGAGGCUAAAGGAGGAGAUUGAAAGGCGAAGGGCAGAAGCUGCUGAGAAACGGCAGAAGAUGCCCGAAGAUGGCUUAGCAGAGGACAAGAAACCUUUCAAAUGUUUCACUCCCAAAGGUUCAUCUCUCAAGAUAGAAGAGCGAGCAGAAUUUUUGAAUAAGUCUGUGCAGAAAAGUGGUGUCAAAUCAACUCAUCAAGCGGCUGUUGUUUCCAAGAUUGACAGCAGACUGGAGCAAUACACCAGUGCCAUUGAGGGGACAAAAGCUGCAAAACCCACGAAGCCAGCAGCCUCGGAUCUUCCUGUGCCUGCUGAGGGUGUCCGCAAUAUCAAGAGCAUGUGGGAGAAAGGGAAUGUGUUUUCAUCCCCCACCGCGUCGGGCGCGCCAAACAAGGAAACUGCUGGCUUGAAGGUGGGGGUUUCCAGCCGCAUCAAUGAAUGGCUAACUAAAACCCCAGAUGGGAACAGAUCACCUGCUCCCAAACCUUCGGAUUUGAGGCCAGGAGACGUAUCUGGCAAGCGGAACCUCUGGGAAAAGCAAUCCGUGGAUAAGGUCACAACCCCUGCCAAGGUGUGAGACAGUCCAAGAAAGAAGCCAGAGUAGCCACUCAAGAUGCUGGACCAGCUCAGCCGAAGAGGGCUAUGUGCUCUGUUCUAUAUUUAUGUUGAUUUACUAAAUUGGGUUAAUUUCCUUUUGUUUUAUUUUUCAUUAUCCCAGUAAACCCAUGUAUAUUAUCACUAUAUUUAAUAAUCACAGUCUAGAGAAGUUCAUGGUAAAAGUACUGCCUUUGCACAGGAGCCUGUUUCUAAAGAAACCCAUGCUGUGAAAUAGAGACUUUCUACUGAUCAUCCUAACUCUGACCGGUGACACCAACCACGUCGGAAGUCGAGCAGGAGGAGGUUCAAGCUGAAAAUUUGCCUGAGGAAUGUGUGCAGUGUCCAGAAAAACAAACCAUAGUGGGGUUUGGGGCUUUUUUUGUUUUUUUUGUUUUACAUACAGAAGUCAUGUUGUUUCUGCACUUUAGAAUAAAGCAUGGAAGAAAUGAUCUCAGUAGGCAAUUGUAACACUUUCUGAAAGUAACGCAUUUCAGAUUUGAGAUUCUGCAAUGAUGAUUGUCUUUUUUAAAAAACGUACUGUUAAGGUAUUACUUUUUUCAUGCUGAUGAUUAUCUAAAUUGGAUGAUGAUGUUAGAAGACAGUGGUACUGAUUUCUUUAGGUUGGUUGCUUUGUGGAUUUCUUUGGUAGUGAUAGUGAACCACAUUUUAGAGGACCUGAUCAUGUACGUAUGUGCAUACACGUAUACAAACACACUAAUGGUAGAAAGCUUCUUUUAUGUGCUAGACUAUUAUAUUUAGCAGUAUGUCCUUGUAACUAGCCAAUAUCACAGCUUUUCAAAAAUUAAAAAUCACAUUAUAUUAAUAUUCAUAUUUGCCAAUAGAGACAUGGCAGAAUAGGUAUCAAUAUAUCUUCAAUGCCCAAUAGAUAAACUGUAAGAAAAAAAAAGAGAGAUUCGAAAUGUCAAAAUGAAUUGACAUUUUCUAUAAAGCAUAGUAUUUAGCUGAUAACGAAAAGCAAUCUUUAAGUCCAAUGUGAAUUUUACUACCAUCUGGAUCAAACUCAAAGCUUGCUGAGAACUUUAUUUUGUUAGCAAUCAAGCUCACAAUCGCUUGGCUUCGAGGAUAUUUGAGGUCUCUUCUUUGUCUAAAAUUUAAAGACGAGGAUUUUAGUGACAAGAUUGUCCAGAUUGAAACUCCAUGUGUGGGUAUGCAAAGACCAGCUUUGGCUAAGGUCUGGAAGCAGAGAAGAGAAGUAAGCAAAUUCCAAUAUUUAAGAGUCAUAAUAGUCCUUCAUCUUUAUUAUACGAAACCAUUUUUUAAAUUAAAAGUUUCUACUUUUAUUAGUCAUGGGUACUUGUCAUAAGUUGAUAAUCUAUUGAACUUUCGAAAAAUAUAUGUAACUUUUAGUAGUUUUACUAUUUUCUCCAAGAGUCUUUAUCAAAUCAUCCUUUUUAUACACGUAAUCUAGACAUCAGAUCUUACUUUAGCUUAUAAGUGUUCAUCUAUUCUUCACAAUAGAUGAUAAAAGAGUACUCCUCUGUGUUGGCAAUAUGUUUUAGCAUAGAGAUAUAUAGGAUAGUUCUAUAAACUUAUACCUCAUUUGACUUAACCAAAAGUGUCCUACUCUCAAUUUCUACCACAAUGAGGGAGCCUCACAAAUGACUAUUUUCUAACCUACAGUAUUUCCCUGGAGGAGCCAGCCGGGGCAGGGCUGACAUGAGCAGUGACGACUGCCUUGCAGAGUCUGUUUUUCUCAAAAAUCAGUAAAGAGUAGCUGAAUUCUCUAGCUUUUAGCACACCUGGGCCAAAGGAAGGAAAACCACCAAGAUCACACACGUCAUCCACCCGUGACAGAAUAGAUAUGAGUCUAUGAUAAGAUAACCUAGAACCCACAUGUAGUGCCUCAUUUAGCAUUGACUCCCAUCACUGGAGUGAAAUGGAUCGAAGUUUGAAUUAAGGCCCAUGGCGAUAUGACAUUGCUUUGUUGUACUUUUGAACAAGAGCUUCUCCUGAUCACUAGUAUAUAUAUUUGUUUCUAGAAAGUCUAAAGUUGAGAAGAGAAUAUAUCGAUCCUGACUUUUAUUCCGAUAUUUGGAUGGAAUAAGUUUUAGGGUAGAAUUUUGUUCAGUUUGGAUUUAAUCUUUUGAAAAAAAUAAAUUCCGUUGUUUACUUGUCUGAUUACAAUUCUCUGUGUUAUCUUUAAGAGGUAAAACUGCAAGGUGACUAGCAUGUUCUGUGAAUCUGCCAUUCCUAAAAAUUUUAUAAACACUUGAUGUUUUUCACUGAUAACUGAUCGCUGCAAUAAGUAUAUAUUGUGAAAAUGCAUCCACAAUAAAUGGAAUUCCUCCAAAUG